ACAUUACCAGAUAUUUAAAAGCCAGGAAUUAGAUCUUUGAAGUUUGAGUUUCUUCAACAGCCCAAAUUAAUCACUAAAAGUAAAACCAGAAAGGAAAUUUUAUUAUCAACUCUGACAAAGGUCAACUGUUACAGCGGUACAGCCUACAGGAGUCAGGACAGGAUAAGCGGGAUUAUGGGACCAAAGAAGAAACCAAAGAGGAAGCGAUGCACCUAUUGCAACCAAUUUGGGCACAACACAGAAGAGUGCAGUUAUGCUAAAGAUGUAGCAGACCCUGAGUCUGCAACUUCUGGAUCAACAGCUACUGAGGUUUUUGAGAACCCAUCAACAAAUGGCCAUCACUCAACAAGCACCGCACAUCAUGCAGAUGACAGCCUAACCUGUGAUGAAGCCGAUGCUUCACUGGCAGAUCUGGCAGGUCUUUCAUCCCCAACAAAUGCAAGCUUACAUACGGGUCCCCUGCAUAAAAAGCUUAGAGGAGAGCCUCCAGAUUCUGCAUUUGACAGUGCACUGCUGGCGUCAAGACCUUCAAUGGACGACUGCACAACUGAGUCGAGCAUGACAACCCAUACUCCAGUAGAUCCUGAUGCCAGCAGCCCAUCAUAUGGAGAUGUUCAUGGGCCAUCAUCCCAUGUUGCUAGGAGUCCAUCCACGACCAGUGGAGAUCUGCCACCGAACCCAUCAACAAAUGGCCAUCACUCAACAAGCACCACACAUCAUGCAGAUGACAGCCCAACCUGUGAUGAAGCCGAUGCUUUACUGGCAGAUCUGGCAGGUCUUUCAUCCCCAACAAAUGCAAGCUUACAUACGGGUCCCCCACAAAAAAAGUUUAAAGGAGGGCCUCCAGAUUCUGCAUUUGACAGUGCACUGCUGGCAUCACACUGCAUUGUCCCAUGUUACAUCAAACUCGACCGCACAACUGUGUCGAGCAUGACAACCCAUACUCCAGUAGAUCCUGAUGCCAGCGGUCCAUCAUAUGGAGAAGUUCAUGGGCCAUCAUCCCAUGCUACUAGGAGUCCAUCCUCGACCAGUGGAGAUCUGCCACCGGUAGAAGAAGAUGUGCAUACAAGUGAUACUGACAAUGAACGCAUUGGAGCGACUGUUCAUUCCGAACCAUCAACUCCCUAUUCCAGCAAUGCAUUGUCCCAUGUUACAUCAAACUCUUCAACUUGUAUGAGGAAGAAAGUUGCAAAUGAUGAUAGCACAACUGACACUAUGAACUUAACAAAUAAGAAACUUGACUCACCACAGGCUGAGGAUGCUUGUCAGGUCUUUGGAAAAUAUGUGGCUUAUAAACUCAGAGACAUUCCUAGCUCAAAAUGCGCAAUAGCUCAGAAACUAAUUUCUGAUAUAUUAUUCAAGGCAGAGAUGGGAAUGCUUACCAAAAAUUUUCGAGUUGUUGAUAUGAAGAGAAAGUCGCGAAAUCAUAUGACUAGCAAACUGCAAGCUGGUAUGACUAGCAACCUGCAAGCUGGUAUGACUAGCAACCUGCAAGAUGGUAUGACUAGCAACCUGCAAGAUGGUAUGACUAGCGACCUGCAAGAUGGUAUGACUAGCGACCUGCAAGAUGGUAUGACUAGCAAGCUGCAAGCUGGUUUUAUUAGCGAGCUACUAGGUGGUAUGACUAGCAGAGCGCAAGCUGGUAUGCCUAGCGAGCCGCAAGCUGGUAUGACUAGCGAGCCGCAAGCUGGUAUGUCUAGCAAGCUGCAAGAUGGUGUGACUAGCGAGCUGCAAGCUGGUAUGACUAGCGAGCCGCAAGCUGGUAUGUCUAGCAAGCUGCAAGAUGGUGUGACUAGCGAGCUGCAAGCUGGUAUGUCUAGCGAGCUGCAAGCUGGUAUGACUAGCGAGCUGCAAGAUGGUAUGACUAGCAAGCUGCAAGAUGGUAUGACUAGCGAGCUGCAAGCUGGUGUAAUUAGCGAGCUGCUGGGUGGUAUGACUAGCAAAGCGCAAGCUGGUAUGACUAGCGAGCUGCAAGCUGGUAUGACUAGCGAGCUGCAAGCUGGUAUGUCUAGCGAGUCACAAGCUGGUAUGACUAGCGAGCUGCAAGCUGGUAUGUCUAGUGAGCUGCAAGCUGGCAUGACUAGCGAGCUGCAAGCUGGUAUGUCUAGCGAGCUGCAAGCUGGUAUGACUAGCGAGCUACAAGCUGGUAUGACUAGCGAGUCACAAGCUGGUAUGACUAGCGAGCCGCAAGCUGGUAUAACUAGCAACCUGCAAGAUGGUAUGACUAGCGAGCUGCAAGAUGGUAUGACUAGCGAGCUGCAAGCUGGUAUGACUAGCGAGCUGCAAGCUGGUAUGACUGGCGAGCUACAAGCUGGUGUGACUAGCGAGCUACAAGCUGGUAUGACUAGUGAGCUGCAAGCUGGUAUGACUAGCGAGCUGCAAGCUGGUAUGACUAGUGAGCUGCAAGCUGGUAUGACUAGCGAGCUACAAGCUNAAAAUUGUCUAAGCUUUCCGGUGAAGGAACACGAGAUGGGGGCUACGAAAUCUGCGAAGCCUAUUCCGCCGGUGUCGCAGCAUGCAGGUCUCAUUGCCGCCGUCAACAAUCCAACUGAAGAAGAGGCCCUGUCCAUCAUCAGGCUUUACGUGAUGACUCAGGGCCUCUUCAUGAGAGAUGAGAAAACUCAAAAGAUAUUCAUUGAGUCUAACUAA